UUGGGCAAUCUGCAACGCGCCUUUGCUUGGGUUUGUUUUGGGGGAUUUUUGAAAAGUUUUUUUUAGUUCCUGAUCUUCUCAGGUGUGACGUCGCCGCUUGGCACAAUAUAAAGGUAGUGGCCACAGGUGAAGAAAGCAGUCACCAGACAACUUUGGAAGGAUACAACAUCCGGGUACUUUGUGCAGUGUGGGGGUCUACGUGUGUUGCUCUGUUGACAUUAAUAAAAUAUGGCUGAUAAAGCAGGCCAUGCAGAGCACGAACAACACGGCAGUGGUCACUCACCAGCCUGCUGUGGUCACUCUGCCGGUGAUUCAGGAAGUGCCGGACCAAAUGGCCCUGGCUGUCUUCGUCACCAUCUUCUGUUGCUUCCCUCUGGGCAUUGGGGCCAUCAUGAAAGCUAAACGG